ACUUCUAUCACCUCUCUGUUUUUGGUCAUAGAUUGUUUCCUUAGUUCUCUUUUGAUCGAAGGAAGCAAGUGUUUUACUGUUUACUGAGAGUAUGAAUCCCACGUUGGAGAAUUGAAGCCUUGCCAACACUCGUUUUAUGAUAAUUUCUUGAUGUUUUAGCAGCAUGUGUUACUUAUGUCUCAAAUGAUUUUUAUCUUUGAGUGUGGAAAAAAAAUUUGCACAGUAGGUAGAAUUGAGGUGACAAAAGCUUAUCUCUGGGUCCCAAUGUUUUGUUUUAACAAGUUGCCAAAGGGUCCAAAAUUGCUAAUGGCCAAGGGUUGAGUUGCCAAAGCUGGGCCUAAAAAUUGCCUUUUGACAUCUCAUGGGUCUGUAUUCCAUUCACACUUCGCACCAACCAUUGGAAAUUUCGCUUUUAGUCAUUGCACAGUUGAAGUGUUCUCUAAUGUGUAUUCCUUAUAGGUUUGAAAAGAGUGAUGGCAGUAUAGAGCAAAAAUUGCUUGUUCUCAUGAUUUCUUCUCCAAGUCGGGACGAUCUUGUGUUUCCAAAGGGUGGAUGGGAGGAUGACGAAACCAUGAGCGAAGCUGCCUGUCGCGAGGCCUUAGAGGAAGCCGGAGUGAAAGGAGUUCUUGGUGACAAUCCACUGGGAGCUUGGGAGUAUAGAAGCAAGAGCAAACAGAAGAGCUGCAGUCUGCAAGGAGGUUGUAAAGGUUUCAUGUUUGCAAUGGAGGUGACUGAGGAACUCGAUUCCUGGCCCGAGCAGGCUAACUAUGGAAGGAAAUGGCUCACAAUAGAAGAAGCAUUCAGAUCCUGUCGUUAUGACUGGAUGCGAGAAGCGCUACGAAAAUUUGCAACAGCUCUCUCGGAGACCAGGGAAAAUGACACAAGGAAAGAGCUGGAUGAACUUCCUUUGAGGCCAAUCUCAGAAAUUGGAUCAGAACAUCCAAUGUCAUCAUCGUCAACGUCCUUUGCUAAUCAUACCAGCAUCCAGCAGCUUGCAGCUUAAAAAUUCAUGCAGUAAAUGAACUGUACAGGGUUGAUCAAUGAUCACAAGUCAUGUAAAAAUCCCUUGUACUGAAAUUUCCCAUCUGUAGCAAUUUUCUCUAGUCUUAAACUGUUGUAUUUUUCCUAGUAAUUAUGUUUAUUUUUU